ACUCGAAAUCCCCAGCUCCAAGAACCCCUAUCAGAAACAAGCCAUGCUUCUGUGCAGAGCUCCAGAGUUCUCACCCUCCACUCUCUCUCUAAUCCACUCCUCCUCCUUCUUCUCCACUCUCUGUUUCUCUAACCCUAAUCUCCUCUCCAUGCGCUCUUCACUCUUCCCUCCUCUCUCUCUCCUCCGCUCCCUCACUCUCUGUCUCUCUCACAACCAACACCACCACCCUCCUACCCACCCAUUCUCCAGGCACAUAUCCAGUUUUCCGCUCUCCACCACCAAACCCUGCCGGUUCCACGCCCUUCCUUCUUCCAGUACUUCCGUUGAACACGUUGCAGGCAAGGCCUCGGACCCAGAGGAGAAUUGGGAUUUGAGCAAUGUCGCGCAGAGCGAGGUUUUCGAUGUUGAGAAGUGCUUUGCUUCCGCCGACUUGAAGCACCUGGGGGCGCCGAAGCUUGAGGUUUCAGAGCUGGAGGAGCUCCCGGAGCAGUGGCGGAGGUCGAAGCUGGCGUGGCUGUGUAAGGAACUGCCGGCGCAUAAGGCCGGUACCUUGAGUCGUAUACUCAAUGCGCAGAAGAAGUGGAUAAGGCAAGAAGAUGCCACUUAUGUUGCCGUGCAUUGUAUGCGGAUUCGGGAAAAUGAUGUCGGGUUUCGGGUUUACAAAUGGAUGAUGCAACAACACUGGUAUCGUUUUGAUUUUGCUCUUGCUACUAAGUUAGCGGAUUACAUGGGUAAGGAGCGAAAAUUCUCGAAAUGUAGGGAUAUAUUUGAUGAUACAAUUAAUCAGGGGCGUGUUCCUAGCGAAUCUACAUUUCAUAUAUUGGUUGUAGCAUAUCUCAGUGCCCCGGUUCAAGGUUGCUUGGAGGAAGCAUGUGGCAUUUACAAUCGUAUGAUUCAGCUAGGAGGUUAUCAGCCCCGGCUUCACUUGCACAAUUCUCUCUUCAAAGCCCUUGUCAGCCAACCUGGAACCUCUUCGAAACACUACCUUAAACAGGCUGAGUUUAUUUUUCAUAAUUUGGUAACAACUGGACUCGAAAUUCACAAGGAUAUUUAUAGUGGAUUAAUUUGGCUACAUAGCUAUCAGGAUACAAUAGAUAAAGAGAGGGUGGCAUUGUUAAGAAAAGAAAUGCAACAGGCUGGAAUUGAGGAGGGCAGAGAUGUGCUUGUGUCUCUCUUGAGAGCUUGCUCAAAAGAGGGGGACGUGGAGGGAGCAGAAAGUACUUGGCUCAGACUUUGCGAUCUUGAAGUUGGUCUCCCACCUCAGGCAUAUGUUUAUAAAAUGGAAGCCUAUUCAAGGGCUGGAGUGCCUUUGAGAGCCCUAGAGAUAUUCAGGGAGAUGCAAGAGCAGUUGGGUUCGUCCAAUGCUGUCGCAUAUCAUAAAGUCAUAGAGGUCUUAUGUAAGGCUCAAGAAGUUGAACGUGUCGAGUCCCUCAUGACAGAAUUCAUCAACACUGGUUUGAAGAAUUUCAUGCCGUCUUAUAUUGAUCUAAUGAACAUGUACUUCAACUUAGGCUUACAUGACAAACUGGAAUCAGCCUUCUCCCAGUGCCUUGAGAGAUGCCGACCCAGCCGUACUAUUUGUUCUAUAUACUUGGAUUCUUUGGUGAAAGUUGGUAAUCUUGCUAGAGCUGAGGAGAUCUUUGGCUUAAUGCAGAGUGAUGCUGCAAUCGGUGUUAACGCUCGGUCCUGCAACACCAUAUUAAGUGGAUACCUGUCAUCUGGAGAUUAUGUCAAGGCAGAAAACAUAUUUGACCUGAUGUGCCAGAAGAAGUAUGACGUUGAACCACCAUUGAUGGAAAAUAUUGAUUAUAUCUUGAGCUUGAGCAGAAAGGUGGUCAAGAAACCUGUAAGCCUGAAGCUGAGCAAAGAACAACGAGAGAUUCUAGUAGGUCUUUUGUUGGGUGGUUUGCAGAUCGAAUCUGAUGAAGACUGGAAAAAUCACAUGAUCCGGUUUGAGUUCAGUGAGAAUUCUAGCACACAUUCUUUGUUAAAGAGGCAUAUAUUUGAUCAAUACCAUGAGUGGCUACAUCCUUCUUGCAAGUCCAGUGAGAGUACAGAGGACAUACCAUAUAAGUUCUCAACCAUCUCACAUUCGUAUUUUGCUUUCUAUGCGGAGCAGUUUUGGCCAAAAGGCCGAAGAAUGAUACCAAAGCUAAUCCAUCGAUGGUUGUCACCAUGUGCGCUUGCAUACUGGUACAUGUACGGGGGCCACAAGACUUCAUCGGGAGACGUAUUGUUGAAGAUAAAGGGUAGUGAGGAGGGUAUUGAGAAGAUUGUCAAAUCCUUAAAGGCAAAGUCCCUGGAUUGCAAGGUGAAGAGGAAAGGGAGAGUGUUUUGGAUAGGUUUUCUGGGAAGUAGUUCUACCUGGUUCUGGAAAUUAGUAGAACCUUAUAUUCUAGAUGACUUGAAGUAUGCUCUAAAAGAUGGCCAAAUCUCAGAUAACAGCAGGGUUGAAACCGAAAACGUCAACUUUGGUAGUGGGUCUGAUACUAAUGAAAAUGCUUCUGAUUACAGUGAUGAUGAUAAUAAUUUGUAGCUUCUAUAAAUUAUUGACCAUUGUGUUCGGUAAGCUAGAAGACUUCUCUACCAACUCAAGGCUUUUCUCUUCAAGAUACAUACCUGGAUCCACAAAGAGCAGAUGAGUCUUGAUAUUUUUGUAAUACUAUCUUUACUUUAUAAUCAAUCUCCUGUUGUUCCUUUUUGUCCUAGAGUGGCAUUGUCUCUUUCUGUGAUUAUCGAUGUAGUGACUGUUUUUCUAAAUAGGUUUGUAUAUCUGGCAACUCUUACUCUUAUAUUUGAAUGAGUUUCCGUCUUGGCUCAACAUAUUGAUUCUGACUAUAGAAGAAUGGAGGAGAUAAUAAAUAAACAGUAGAUACUUGUCCUUUCA